CCACCUAGCGGCUGAAUCACAUUGUGCAGGUUUAUUUUUCACCACCACUGAUAAGUUUUCUGUCUAUUUGCAGUUUCUGUUUGUGACUUUUGAUGUGAGUUCGUUAUUUCACUUCCGGGAUUGAGAGGGGGUAAAGAAAAUAACAUGCUGUUAUGUGCUUAGCCUCUGAUGCAGGUUUUUUUUCCAGUUAGGGAAGGAAAAUGGAGUCACACCCUUCAAAAACAGUGUUUCAGGGCGGUGGCAAUAAUUAGACCAACAUGUCUGAAGUUGUGCGCUGGGGUUGACAGUAAAAUGUGUCUCUGAGCCCUCCCACCUUUCACACAAUUUGCAUUCAGAGCAGCAGAGCUCCUCCCUCAGGUUUUAUCCUUCACAAGUCACUCCUCCAACCGGACUUUCCUCUGCAGUUUUCCAGAUGAGCAGGAAAUCAGCCUGUGGAGGAUCGCUUUUCUACUGACAGACAACCACGGAGGCGAUCUGAGAAUCCUGCGUGUUUUUUGUUUGUUUUUCUUCUCGACUUCGUGGACUCUCCAAGCUUUCUGCUGCCGCUGCUGUGGUUUUCCUCUCGGCCUGAGCUGCUCCGUUUUGAGUCAACAUGUCUGUCCACACGACCCAGCAGGUUCGGACGUACAGAACGCUGACACCCGAGCCGGUGGCCACGCAGAUGUUCACCACUAGGUCAAUGUCUCCGGUGUCUCCGCUCACACAGGUGUCACCGGUGUCUCCGCUCACACAGGUGUCACCGGUGUCUCCGCUCACACAGGUGUCUUCGGUCUCAACUGGGCUGCCGGUCACUACGGUGAACGGGUCCUACGAGUCGAUGAGGUACAUGGUUCCGGUACAGCAGUCCUUGCCCCAGCAGUCCUACGUCAUGAUGCAGCAGCCCAUGAUGCAGCAGGCCAUGAUGCAGCCCAUGAUGCAGCAGGCCAGGAUGCUGCAGGCCAGGAUGCAGCCCAUGAUGCAGCAGGCCAUGAUGCAGCCCAUGAUGCAGCAGGCCAUGAUGCAGCCCAUGAUGCAGCAGGCCACGGUGCAGCCCAUGAUGUCCCAGGUGUACCUGCAGACUCUUCCCCGCCAGAGUACCAACAGCAACCAUGAGACUGAAAUCUUGCUCCAGCAGCAGCAACAGCAGCGUUUCUCUGUAGAGCACGACAGUCAAAGCACACAUUCAGUGUUCAGCCAGUCAUCCAGUCCCAGCAGAAGCGAGGCAAGUCUUCAGGAGGAGCAGCAGCAGGAGGAGGAAGAGCAAGUGGAACUGGAGGAUGACCAGCAUGGAACAGUGGAGAUUGAAGAAGUGGAGAUUGUCAAUGUUUUUCAGCAGAAGGCCCCGUCGGUGAGGCAUAGGGUCUCAUUGACGGAGCAGAAGGAGGUGCUGGAGCCAACAAAGCUGGACACACGUUAUUUUGGCGAACUGCUGGCGGAUAUCUACAGGAAGAACUGUGAUAUCCACUCCUACAUCUCCGAAAACGUGUCCAAGAUCCGGGGACAGAAACACAGUUGGAAUCUCUCCAGUGAGAUCACAAAGGGGGAAAAUCAGGAUGUAGAGUCCCUGAUUCCCAAAGGAGCCACUGAACUGACCAAACAACAGAUGCGCUACCUGCUGCAGACACGUUUCACUGCAGAGAAGAGCAUGCGUCUGCUGCUCUCCACCUUCAGCAGUCUGAGAGAGGAACUGAUGCAGAUGUCUGAGGACAUGCGGCGUCUGGAAAUCGAAAAGGAGUCUUUGGAAAGAGAUCUGAAUUUCAAAGCAGACCAGGCUCGGCAGUAUGACUCCCUCCUAGAGGCCGUUAGAGAGAACAACAGGCAGCUGCAGCUGUCUCUGAGGGAAGCCAGCACCGCCCAGCGUUCCCUGGAGAGUCAGGUCAUCAGCAGCCGAGACAACGACUCGGCCAGCAGCUUCAAGAUCAAAGAGCUGGAUGGAAGAAUGAGAGCGCUGGAGAAGGAAAACGAGAUGCUUAAACAGAAGCUGGCUGGACAAGCCAGCAACGGCAACCUGCAGCUCAAAACGGAGGCGCUGGCGCAACACUACAAUGAUCAGCUGCAGACCUUGAAAACAGAAAGAGACAUGGAGAUAGAGAAACUGAGAUCCCAAAUAUCGAAGUUGCAGACGCAGAUCACCACGACCACCACCACAACUACCAAGUCAUCCUCAGACAGCACUCUCCAGCUGAAGAUCUCAGAGCUGCUUGCUAAGCUGGAGCAGCGGGAGAUCACCAUCAAUCAAAAGGAGGAGGAGAUCCAAAAACUGAUGAAGGAGAGGAACGACAGCUCCAAGAACGUCACCAAGACUAUUAUCACCAAGAGGUACCGGAACCAGUACCCAUUGCUCGGCCUACUUGGCGACGACUACCAGGUCACUUCACCUGUUAAAGAAGACAAAACCAUCAUCAUCGAGAGAACAGGACAGAUAAUCAAGCAGGAAAUCAUUAUUACUCCUUAAAGACACACUGCUUCUCUCCGACAGGAAUGAUUGAACGUGGAGAAGACCCUGAUGUCACCCACCCUUCUCACCCCUGUGCAUGCUCCUCCCCCUCCCCUCGGGCAUCCCAAGGUUGUUGGUGGUUAAAAUUUGGAAUCACUCCCUUUCUUCCCACUAAGAUUUGGUUCUUUGGUUCAGUCAAAGCCAGUUUGGUUGGGGUUAAAAUCUAGUUAGGCUUUCUAUUGGCUUCUAUUAUUAUUGUUUUUACUUAUACCUAUGUAAAAGUUACAUCAUGCAACAGCCAUUCCAAAUAUCAAUUGGUUAAAAACUCAUGACAUCUGGGAACUGGGUGAGAUUUCGUUUGGGAUUUCUAAUCCAAAGAGUAAGAGAAAUUAAACUCUGUGUAAUGAGUUUUUACAUCAUGAUUCAUUGAUGAAUUUUACUACCAGAUAAUUUUAAAUAAAAAGAGAUGCAAGGAUUGAUCAACAGCAAAACAUAUUUUUUGCCGUAGUUUUACUGAGUGAAGAAGGCACAGGGUGUCAAAUCUACAAGGUGUUUAAAGGAAGUCAGAGGAAGUGCAAGAUGCAUGAAAGACCCUUAAAGGAAAACAUGAAUUUUGCAUUGAUAGUAGGUAAAUAUGUCUGCUGGUUAGCUGUCUACAGAUUUUAAUUUUUGAUAGUACCAUGUACAAGUGACCAAUUUUAAUUCCACCUAUAUUUUUUAAAGUGAUCAUUUGCAUGAAGAACUAAUUUAGUUAUAGUCAAUAGAUUGCAAGUUGUUUUUCACCCAAAUGCCUAAACUGCAGUGCCUUUAGAGAGGAGCCUUACUGGACCCAGAGACAUGUUUUACUUCAAUCAUUUCAUAAAUCCUUUUAUUUUUAUUUUAUUUAAUAAAAAACUGAUCAAACAGCAUCAAAGAAAUCAAAAAGUUAGACUACUAUUGUCACCUGUGUCAAAAACACCCAGAGCUCUUUCAACCCUGGAUUUUUUAGUCCUUUUCAGGUUAACUGCUUUGGAUCUUAGAUCAUCUUGCUGCUGUGUAGCUAGAAAUUCUUAUAGACUGUCUGCUGUUUAAAGUUGUACAAAACACUAAAACAUAGGAGGCUGUCUUGAACUGAAGAUAACUAUGAAACUUUUCGCCAGAUUAAUUGUUGACCAAUUCGUCCAUCUGGUCAGGAAAAGGACGGAUUGUGUUUUUGAGUGGUGCAGCUGGUAGACUGGUUAGUGUAAAACUACGGUGGUAGAUACAGUUCAUAAACAGAAUGUUGGUGAUGGAAACGCCUGUUACAGGUCAAAUAAAAAAAAUGUAAACAGAAAUUAAAAAAAUAUAUAUAUAAAAUAUGGAUACAUACAGUAUAUUGUUGGAAAAAUGGCUUUAAAAAUCUGUAUGGGCUUUGAAAAGUGCAGUCAGUCUAUUGGUAGUUGCAAGUAAAAUCAUAUAAACAAUAUAUUGGUAAAAGAUUUCAUAACAGUUGGACGGUUCAGAGAAAGCUACUGAAUUACUAAACAAGUUAUCUCUUUGGUGUACUGCCAAACAAUUCAGAAUAAUAUGCCGGGACAUGCAUAUAAUAUAAAUAGGAUUUCAAUUUAACACAAACCCUUAAAUGCUUAUCUCUACCUCUGCAUUAUUAGUUCUGCAAAAAAGCAUCUAAAUAUUUUUAUUACAUUGACCAUUGAAACAGUGGCGCUCCAAUAUUUGUUAAUUCUAGUUAUCAGUCGAGCUAAAGAGCAAACCAAACGAAUGAGCUCAUCUCCCAGUUGUCACAAAUGCAAAUGAACAUAUAACUAAGCCACCACUGCCGUGCUUUGCCCAGGGGAGAAGGAAGUAGAUAGCUCAUUGUGAUUGCUUGCUGCAUGUAAAUAUUCUUGUGUAUUUGUACAAUGAUGGGCAUGCUCAGUGAAUGUUUUGACUGUGGAGCAUCCCAUCCUAAAUGUGGUUUUGAUCAUAAAUGUUCUCAUUGGGUGUUUUGCUUUUAUUUUCGUCUGUGUGAUAGUUCUACUUUAAUUCUGUUUUAUUUUGAGGUUUUAUUUGAGUCAAACAAGCAUGGCUUCUCAUGUAGCUUUGAUGUGUUUGUAAAUCACUGUGGGAUCUAAGUUUGUGAUGUCAAUCAUCCAUGAGAGGGAAUGAGACCCGCAUGGAUGCGAACCAAUAAUGUGGGUGAAUGUUGUGGAACUGGGCAUCAUUUUCGGGGAGACUUAGGAUGGUGGAAGAAAUAAUUUUCAAGCACAAUAUAAUAUAAACUGUAAACUAAUAUUUCCUGGUUCUCUAUGAUGAUCAUUUUGUUUUUGUUUUGCAAGCAUGUUGAAGGCUUUGUGUCCACUAGGUGUCAGUCUCCUCCAUCCGUUAAACGCAUACAGACUUCAGUAAGAAAUACACUAAACCUGAUUCUGAAGGCAUAAUUUCCAAGAAUUUGACAAGAAUUAGUUUCUGCAUUUUCUGAAUUGUAUACAUAAUAAAUGUAUAAAAGCUUUACACUCAAUCAGUCACAGCAUUGAAAGCACAUAUGGUGGGGUUGUGUAACCGGAAUCCUGUAGAACAUGGGCUGUGAUCAAUGUUAUCUAAAUCAUCAUCUUCUGCUGUACAGUUCUUAUUUUGUGGCUUAUGGUAACAAAUUUAUAUAUAUUUUAUGUUACGUUUUCAUACACUAUUAUGUAUCAUUUUUGCCUAUUGUUAUUUGGUGUCAGCCGAAAAAAUGAGUAAAUAGCUGUUGGUUGAAAAUCAAACACCUCAAAGUCUUUCUUGAGUAAAGAUAGAAAUAACUAUACACUCUGUGCCGUUAUCGUCCUCAAACCGUCAACAAUUCCAGGAAUUCAAACUUUAUUUAAAAUCAAUCAAAACGAUUAAUUAAUACUAAAAAAAAAAGAGAAUAAUUAAAAUUACUACUGAUGAACUAAAUUGGAAUAGAAAAUGAACAUUCAGAAUACAAAUAUGUCAACUGAUUAAAACCUAAGAAUUAUCAGGAGGUUAUAGGGUUAAUGAUUUUUAUUGCAAAAUUCAGAUUUAAUAGCAAACUUUGAAAAAGUCUUUCUGAAGAUUUCCUUUUUCAGGUCAGUCUUCAGUCCUUGGUCUCAUACAACUUCAUUAGCUUUAGAUGUCAGGAUGCAACCUGCUUGGUUGGGAGUAUGCUUUGACUAAACCAGCGCCCCAAGGUGAUGUUAAAAAAAAAAAAGGUAAAUGGAUAAAAAAAUUUCCACCUUGGCAUCAUUGCAAUGUUACAAAUGUAUGCAGUAGGAUAAGGCUCCAAACGAUUGAAGGUUUGAAACUCCGACCCCUGAGCAACAACAAAGAACAGUUCCAAGCCUGAAGGAAACCAUUUCAAGUAACAAAAUAUUCCCGUUCUUUUCCUGGUUUAAAUAAGUUUGGAAAAAAACAAAAAUAUUCAGGAUUACGGCAAUAUUUCUUAUUUCUUUUCUAAAAAGUGGAAUUUUUUUAAUAAUUGUUCAACGAAUCAUAUUUUCAUGUCUUUUGAAUAUAAAAAAGGACAUUAAAGUUUCAGUUCACUCAAAAUACUUUUCCAUAAACAUUAAGAAAAGAAGAGCUACUCAAUGGACACAAAGCCUUUAAACCGAUAAUUGUUAAUGUUCUAGCUGUGUAAGCAAGCUAAUAUGAGGGUAGCAUAAUUGCUGGAACUGUUGGUGGAGAAAAUAUCUACAUAAUCAACAUUAUCAUUUAUCGGGGCAAACAGAAAAGUUUUUACUUCCAUGUUAUCACACUUAACUUUAAGAAGACAAAAUCCUGCUUCUUAUUUUUCCUGCAUACUGUAUGCUUAGCUAAGCUAACUGGAUGUAGCUAAUAGGUAAAAAGAGUACAUAAAAUAUAAUUUUCUUUAUUUUUUUAAGGAGAAUUUAAAGCUUAAAUUGAGGAUCAGCAGCUGCUGUUCUCCAUUUAGAAAUGUGACAGCUGAUGAUGAAUUAUUAAAAAUAAUCUAUCUUUGCAA